UUCAAAAAAAAAUUAUAAAAAAGUUCAAAUUUGAAAAAGUAUAAUUCGAAAACAUAAAAAAAAAUAUUUCUUAUUUAUUUUUUAUUUUUAAAAUUUUUUAAAUUUUUUUAUUUAAAUAAUAAUUUAUUAUAUAUAUAUAACAUGAACAUAAAAGUCUUUUAUCACUUAAUGAAAAAUGUAAUUUUGAAAAUGUUUCUUUAGUGGUGGUAAAAAUGAAAAGUGGUACCAUAAAAGUGAUAAAUAUGUAAUUUCCCCAUCAAAGUUCUCUUCCCAUUUUGCUCAGUGCAUUCUGUUACAUAUCUCGAAGCUGUGACAUCUUUCCGUUUCCGACGAACUGAACGUUGAGCAAAAGAAUAAUACAUUAAUAUUGUUAUAUCAAAUCUUGUGGUUAAAGAGAAUCAGUGAAUCAAACGAUAGUUACUUUUUCUUACAAUUGUGCAGUUCCAAAUCUUGUGACAAUGGAAAAUUCAGAUGAUGAGGAUGGUGUACGAGAGACGAAGAGAAGACGUUGUGUUUUUUUUUUUUGGAGAAAUUAUUAACAACGACAGCUAUUAAGUAUUAUUAGCAAAUUAUCAAUAACAAGGAUUAGCCUAAUAUAUAAUUUUAAAUAUACCAGAACCGGGUUUUAGUGUCGACCAGGAUCACCGGUUUCGCCCGUUUUGAACCAAGUUUUCCGGUUUUUAUCUAAUCUGGAUUUUGAACCAAACCAAUAAUCAGAACCUGUCCCGAACAAACUAAUAAUCAGAACCUGUUCAGGUCUGAACCAUGAACCAUGCCUGAACCCGGAAAAGACCUGAUCAAACUACAGAACCUACAAAAAGUUGCGUACAAACUAUGAGCGGACACUGCUGCGGUCUGAAGGCAAAGACAUGGGCUUCACAAAACUUGUACGCUCCAACGCGUUUAAACCAAUCCCAAACUUUGUGAGAAGCUCUCUACGUAUCGCCUGCGUCGAGUCGGACCAAAACACAGAGUCUCCUUACAAACCCAGGAAGCAUCACAUUUUAGCAACAAAUCUCAUCAUUUCGUACUUCGAAAAAGGCUUAGUGGAAGAAGCACGCUCACUGUUCGACGAAAUGCCUGAGAGAGACGUAGUCGCUUGGACCGCGAUGAUCAAAGGUUACGCUUCUUCUAUUCACAACGCACGCGCUUGGGAGUGUUUCCGUGAGAUGAUGAGGCAAGGAACGAACCCGAAUGAGUUCACUCUUUCUAGCGUCCUCACUUCUUGUAGAGACAUGAAGGUUUUGGCGUAUGGUCGUUUGGUUCAUGGGGUUGUUAUCAAACUUGGUAUGGAAGGUUCUAUCUACGUUGACAAUGCCUUGAUGAAUAUGUACGCUACUUGUUCUGCAACAAUGGACGCUGCUUGUUUGAUUUUUCGGUUUAUCAAGGUCAAAAACGAAGUCACUUGGACUACUCUAAUCACCGGUUUUACACACUUAGGUGAUGGCAUUGGCGGUUUAAAGAUGUAUAAGCAAAUGUUGCUGGAAAAUGAAGAUGUGACUCCUCAUUGUAUAACGAUAGCUGUUAAAGCUUCCGCUUCCAUCGAUUCCGUGACAACUGGAAAACAGAUCCAUUCGUCGGUAGUUAAACGUGGCUUUCACUCUAACCUUCCAGUGAUGAACUCUAUUCUUGACUUAUACUGCAGGUGCGGAUACUUAACAGAAGCCAAACGCUACUUCCAUGAGAUGGUAGACAGAGAUCUCAUCACAUGGAACACUUUGAUAUCCGAGCUUGAGCGAUCAGACAGCAGCGAAGCCCUCCUCAUGUUCCAGCGGUUCGAGUCGCAACAAGGCUUCGUACCAAACUGCUACACUUUCACAAGCUUAGUAGCCGCAUGCGCUAACAUAGCAGCGUUAAACUGUGGCCAGCAGCUUCACGGAAGGAUAUACAGAAGAGGGUUCAACAAGAACGUCGAGUUAGCGAACGCUUUGAUCGACAUGUACGCUAAAUGCGGCGACGUGCCUGACUCUGAAAGAGUGUUUGCCGAGAUUGCGGACAGGAGGAACCUUGUCUCCUGGACCUCGAUGAUGAUUGGUUACGGAUCGCAUGGUUAUGGAGCAGAAGCUGUCGAGCUUUUCGAUGAAAUGGUGAGUGUUGGUAUUAGACCGGACCGGAUUGUGUUCAUGGCGGUUCUGAGCGCGUGUCGCCACGCCGGUUUGGUGGAGAGAGGGUUGAAGUACUUUAAUGCGAUGGAGAGCGAGUAUGGGAUAGAGCCAGACCGAGAUAUCUACAACUGUGUUGUUGAUUUGCUUGGAAGAGCUGGGAGAAUAGGAGAGGCUUAUGAGUUGGUUGAGACGAUGCCGUUUAAGCCGGACGAGUCCACGUGGGGAGCGAUCCUGGGAGCUUGUAAAGCGCAUAAGCACACGGGGUUGAUAAGCAGAUUGGCUGCGAGUAGAGUUAUGGAGUUGAAACCGAGGAUGAUGGGGACUUAUGUGAUGCUUUCGUAUAUCUAUGCAGCGGAAAGGAAAUGGGGAGAUUACGCGAGAGUGAGGAAGAUGAUGAGGAUGAUGGGGAACAAAAAGGAAGCGGGUGUGAGCUGGAUCCUGGUGGAGAACCAGGUUUGUAGCUUCGCUGUGAGUGAUAAAGCUUGUCCUUGUGCUGUCUCUGUGUAUUCAGUGUUGGGGUUAGUGAUAGAGGAGACCAGAGAAGCUGACUUCUCCUUAGUUCAAGAAGCUGGAACUUGACCACAAAAUCUGAAAGUGGGUGAGAAUCUUUCUGGAGUUAACUACCAUUAGUGAGCAAAUCUCUUUAUGGGUAGAUACAGUAAUGGAGAGUGGUCCUACAUAGUAAAGAACAAAGCUCCGCAUACCUCAUUUUAGAUCAGGUAUGGGCAACUUUUGAUAUCAGGACAAUCUUAACCGGCCUCAAUGGAACAAAUGUUGUUUGUCUAUUUCUAGCAUAGCCUUUCUUUCUUGUAUUGAUGUUUUGAAUUGUCAUAGCUUACAAGAAACUUUGAAGAAAUGGUUGGUUGUGAAGUAACCUCUGAGUUUCCUUUUAUUAAAGGAAAAAGAUAGGCACAUGUGACAUUGAUCAUUCAUUCAAAAAGUAGCUUUCUGUUGAAAUGUUAACAUCAAAAGGUUUCAGAUCUAGACAAUUCAAGCUUUGCUUGUUGAUAGGUUUGUGAAAGAUAUUCCGGUUUAUGUCGGUUUAGACUGAAAAAUAUCUUAUUAAAGUAGAGAAUUAAGCAUAACAUGUAGAAAGUAAUACAUAAUUCAGAUAAUUAAAAAGAGAGAGACUUGAGUAAGUAAGCAUCUUUAAAUUGCAAUAGCUUCUUUAACAGGUGCAGGCUUCUCAACCUCAGGAACCACAAAAGCUGAAACAGGGAAAGUCCUGGACAAUCCGGUCGGUGUCCUGAAAUUGAUCUUCCCUGAACUUGUUGGCUGCUC